AUGAGGCGAGAUGUGCCCGAAUCCCCUGAGAUCCUCACUCUCACAAACUGGAGAUCAUGGAAAAAUGCCAUCGAGAAACACGCCCGAAAAGAAGGUGUUUGGGAGUACUGCGACCCCGACGCCCCGGCUAAGUACCAUCCCGAGCUCUAUGAACCCGAAAAGCCACACAUUUCCACAGUCAGGCCCGAAGCAGAAUCCCUCGUAGACCUCGGAGAGGAUGACUUCAUUGAACUCUCCUCGGUCGUGGAUAUGUACUGGCGGCAGAUGCACGCAUACGAGAAGAUUCAAUUCGGACUAGAUGUCAUCUUCAAACUUAUAAAACAUCAUGUCGACGACAAAUACUCGCAUGUCAUUAAGCAUGCAAAAACACCGCUGGAGCAGUUGACUGCGCUAUGUACUGAAUUCCAUAAAUUUCGCCUGGAAAAUCUGCAGCAGAGAUGGGAACGUAUACAAAAUCUGGCUAGUGGGCCAGAAGUACAGGAGCUAUUUGAACGAUGGAACGCCCUGUUCACAGAUUGCGAUGGAUAUCUUUCUGCUCAUGCUCGAAAGCAGGAUGGCUUUUGGGACUGUGUUGAAGUAGCGGGAUCUUCCUCCGCAAAUUGCAAUCCUCUCACUUCUCAGCGCUGGAUUGAAACUUUCAGCCAUGUUGAGUCGACGAACAAUGGGGAUGCUUGCACUCGGCCUCAUUUACUGGAUAAGCCGAGGUCUAUUGCUUCUCUGCGCCAGAUUAAAACCCCAGGCUAUGAUUGCGAUCGAUCUUGUUCGCCGCCUGAACUAGAGUCUAUCGCUUCCCACCACUGGAGUCAAACCACCGACGAUGUUGAGUCGUGGAACAAUGGAAGUGAUUGUUCUCUAUCUCACUCACUGGCUGGACGGGAAUAUAUUGCUUCCCCGAAUCUGACUGAAACCCCCGGCACUGUUCAACAUGAAAAUGGCGUUGCACGACCUCGAUCGCCGGUUAAACGGGGAUUUAUAGAUUUGCCGCAUUAUGUCAGUGAUUGUCAGUCUACGGUGUCAGUUGGACACUCCUCUCUGAGCCCUCAGCCUAGGUCAAUGGCAGAUCGCAUUGAGCGGCCUGGAGAAAUCUCUGGAGACAAUGUGGAGGUAACGGCUCUUUUGCGACAGUUAGUGCGCCGGGCGGAAAAAGGGGAACCAAUGUGUGAAGAUUCGGAUACAUGGUAG